AUUAUAGAACACGAUCAGCCAGCUCAACGUAUUACUGUCAGUCGAAUGGAUGGUAUCAAUGAGCUGCGGGGAGACAUCAUGGGGAUUUACAAGAAUCCCAAAACAAAGCUAAAUGUAAACCCAAGGGUGCGCUUUGAGGGUGAAGAUGGUGUGGGGUGUGGGCCAGUUCGAGAGUUUUUUGUGAAUGCAAUUAAGAUCAUAGAUGAAGGAAUCCAUUCUUCAUGCGGCAAGCCAGUUGUCUUCUUGGAAGGUGAGGCGGACCAUCGUCUUCCGAUUCAUGACCAAGCUCUUCGUCUUACGGGAGCAUUUAAGGCACUGGGGAAGAUGAUUGGCCAUUCCAUUUUGCAUGGUGGCCCAGGACUGCAUGGUCUAUCACCAGCAGCAAAACAUUACCUUUCAACAGGAAGAGGGGGGUUUGAUGAUCAACUGCCACCACCCAUUGAACUGGCAGAUAUUGCUGACAUAGAUUUGCGAAAUAUGAUAUCAGAGGUUAGU